AAUCUACCUGCUUGGUGUGCGCUGUAUAAUUGGUUCUGUGAUAGUAUCUACUUCGUAAAAUAUACCUAAAUAUUAUCAAUAAGCCGCCAUGCUACGUUUUCUCGAUAAAAAAGUGGUCGUUACUGGUUCCACAUACGGAAUUGGUUUCUCGAUUGCUGAACGAUUUGCUAAAGAAGGAGCAAAGGUAGUCAUAUCCAGCAGAAAAACAAACCAUGUUCAAGAAGCGACACAAAAACUUCGGAACAAAGGAUAUGAAGUAAAAGGUGUGGUGUGUCACGUAUCAAAAGCUAAUGAAAGAAAGAAGCUUUUCGAACAGGCUGAGGAGUAUGGAGGGAUAGAUAUUUUGGUCAUGAAUGCAGGUGUUAAUCCCGUUCCAUGUGAAGUACUAGAUAGCCCAGAAAGCGCUUGGGACAAAACAUUCGAAGUGAAUGUCAAGGCCCCAUUCCUCUUGUCUCAAGAAGCUCUUCCACUACUCAAGAAAAGUCCAGCAGGUAGAAUCAUUUACAUGAACACCGGAAGCGUCUACUACCAUGCCGAAUAUCUGGGUGCAUACAUUUGCAGCAAGAUGGCGCUACUGGGACUCAUGAAAAUGGCAUCCAGGCAAUUGGCGAAGCAUGGUAUAACGGUGAAUAGUGUGGCUCCGGGGCCAGUGUUGACAGUAUUUGGCGAAAUUUUGAGACAUAAGACAGAAGAACUCAAUGCCGUAUGUCCUAUGAAAAGAUUUGGCACACCUGAGGAAGUUUCCAAUUUGGUAGCAUUUUUAGCGUCAGAAGAAUCGUCGUAUAUAACCGGUGAAAAUAUUGUCGUGAAUGGAGGAAUACAUUCAAGACUAUGAAGAAGAGAGUAUUUAUAAGGAAUUUGUUACACAAACCAAUGUUAUUUAUCAACAGUGUGAAUGAGAAUGUAUAUAGUUUAUUCAUCGAGGAAAUACAUAUAGAUAUGAAUCAA